UCUUCCUUUCACUCUCUUGCAAAAACAUAGUGAUUGAUUGACUUAGUAAAAAAAAAACAAACCCCAUUCUACAAACAAAAAGUGGGAAAACAUAACUGUUUUACACUAAAAAGAAGAAGAUAGUGAUUUCUCCUUUGCCAAGAAAGUAAAAGCUUUGAUUCAAUGGAAGAUGAUGAAGAAGCAAAGUUAUCCCAUCAUCCACAACAUUAUUCCUCUUCCUCUUCUUCAAUGACACUUUUUUCAAGAUUGGAUCAUUUGGAUUUUGUUAUGAAGGAUUUGGAGAAAAAACAGAGAUUGGGAAGAUUUGGAGGAAGUAAUUUAGAAGAAGGAAUGGAAAAAAGAUGCAUAUCAUUGGAUGUUGCACUAAAAGAUACUUACUUUAAAGGUUCAUUGUUGGAUCGUGUGGCAACUCUUGAGAAUAGACUUUUUCAGCUGUGUUUGGAGAUGGAUUCAGGAAACUCCUCAAAUCCUUCAUCAUUAACUUCAUCACAAACAUCAGUUGAGAUUUGUUCUUCUUCUUCUCCAAAACAAUUUUGUAGAGGACAACCAUCUUCUUCAUACCCCACAUUCCACUAUCCCAACCAUGGAAGAACUUCACAAAUUUCUCAAAUUCAGGAGAAGCCUCAAAGACAACAACAGAAAAAGAUGCAAGAGAGUCUUUCAAAAGGCCAAGAAGUUGGUAAGACAAGGACUGAAAAAGAUGAAGUAGGAUCUUGCAAAAAUGUGAAGAAAGGGAUUCCUUCUCUUAAAUGGCCACACUUGAGAAUGUUUGGUUGCUAAUGCUUCAUUCCCUUCUUUCUUUAUUUUUUUCUAUUUCUCUCCAAUUAGUCAAAUUCUACCUAAUAAAUAUUUCGGAAAAAAAAAACGUAGAAUUUUGAAGUCGUUAAGGAUAUGAUUGAAUGGUUAAACACGUUGUAUUCCAUCAACUUAAGUUAUUGGAUUUAAUGAUGAGUGAUCAUAUGUUUAAAGCUUGAAAA